UCCAUCUUCUCCCAGAACACCCCGCUCUGUCUCCCCUGCGUCCCCUGUACCGUCCACUGUCGGCAGAUCAGCGAUCGCCUAGUGUCCAUAUCCCAACAAGACACCCAGCAUCUAGUUUCCCACCAUCAACGUCAGCUCAGGCAGCAAGCGUCCCCUUCAGCCCCUCAUCACCACACCCAGGCGGCCACAAUUUCCCCCAGGCUCACCCCAUACCCUUACUACGCCUCGCCAACAGUGAGAUAAUACACAUCUCCCAUUAUCUUCCCUCGAGCGUACGCAAUGUACGGCGCAGGCGCCAGAUAUGCCGAGGAGGCUGUCAGCGACUCUGAAUUCAGCCUCUCGCCCAGUCCCAACCCCGGAAACGCGUGUUUCUGCGGGCAACCCAUAACAAACGAUGGCGUUUAUUGCAGUGUCGUCUGUGCACGAUCCGACGCGAUCAAUUCAUUAUGUUACAAAUCCAACCAACCCCCUGCGCGCGCGCUAUACAUCCCCGACGCCGGCAACCAGCUGCCCUCUUUCGGGUCUGCCCUUUCAAGCUUGCCGAGAGAUUCUUCGGCGGGUUCCCUCGACUCGUGUACGGGCCAGGACGAAGAGUGGCAGGCGUCGCACUACCGCCGACUAGCUCGCUCCGACGCACGUCGCCAAGAGAGGCGAGAGGAGAGACGGCGGCGGAGAGCUGAAGGCAGCAUGGGCGACUCUAUCGGCAACAACAACCGUAGCACGAACAUGUCCUCAUCAUCAUCCAUGUCGCGUGUUCCCGACCUCGUGGGCGGGCACGGCGGCGGUCACUCGCGUAAUGGAUCAUCCGCUUCGUCCGUCUCUUCCCUCGCCUCAUCCGCGUUCAGCCUGUCACGCAAUUCGUCGACUGCGAGUAACGCUUCUAGGAGGGCGUUUGGGGGUGGAGUGAAUGUGGAUAGUGUGAUUGAGGAGGCAGAGGAUGAACAAGAGUGGUUGAGGUCGGAAGCGACCAAGCCUUAUGCGCCUUCAUCAAUGCGCAAGCAUGGUCACCAGAAAAGUGGGGAAGGACGCUCGAUGAGCUCUAGGAGAAGAAAACAGACGCCGGACGCUCUACCUUUCGGUAUGGGUCAAGAUAUGCGAGACGUUCUCAAUGAGAUUCUGCAUCUCGAGCAAUCGUAUCUGACGCCAGAACAAGAGGUAGAUAUCUCUACCGCCGACGACCUGCCCCCACCUAGACUGUUCACAUCGAGCUUUGGUCCUCCCCGAACGCCGUCGCCGGCGAGCUGCAAGAAGCGCGUCCUUCCCUCUCGAGCGCCAGAUGCGCCCUUCCGUGGCCAUCGUGCCUCUUUAUCGCAAAGCGCUCUUGCUCCUCAUUCUCCCGCCAUGCCCGCCCGUCCAACCAGCCUGGUGGGCAUGCACCAAUCAUCCCUCUCUGAAUCCCACACCGCGCUUUACCUCGCUACCGCCUCUCCCUCGACAUCUACUCGCCGAAGUGCCUCACCCACACUCGAGACCCGCCGAAGCUUGACGUUUGACGCCAACAGUGCUGGGCCGAGUAUCAACCUCGACUUUGCGUCCCCGCCACCGUUAGCCAGGCCUGGGAGCUUGACGAUGCCUCCGAGAGGGUUUGAAUCCUCGCCGCUGCUUACGCCUGUCAACAGGCGCUUUACCCAUACCCGCACGCCUCAGGCUAUCCAUCCCUCGAUGGACGGCUGGCGAUUCCCUUCACCCUUCCAUGCGCACGCUACCCCUACGAAACCCACGCAUUUGCGCGAACCGGAAACGCCAGAGCCCAUCGGUCGGGAUCACUCUGGCGGGGCUGGGAAAGGGAUACAGCCAGCGUUACUGUGGCCUCCUGCGGGACAGAACCUCCAGCCGGCACUGUUUGCUGAGGAUGCGGAUGUCAACAUGGGCAGUCCCGGUGGUGAGAGGGUGAGGUCGAGGGAGUGGUGAACAGAAGGGGAGCUGUUUAUGCCUUGAUGGCCCGAACGAUUUUUUACGACUCUUGACGUGUUGUUACUUGUCGCUAGACGACAUUUCCAUUUGUAUAGUAGCUUGUCCCCCAAAGUGUGUUUCCACAUCAAGAAGAUGAUUGCAUAUCACGUUCGUUUGUCUCCAUAUAGCCAUCAUAGUAGUUUCAUAUAUCGCACUCAUUUGAUGCCACCGGUUGUCCUUA